GAAGGAACUCUGACUAUGGGGACUUACGACACAAGGUGUGUGAGAAUGAAGACGAGGAACCUGCUGCGGUGUUUGCUCCUAGUUCUGUGUCAACGAAUCACACUGAGUCAGGAAGAGCAACAGGCUGAGGGAUUUGACUGUUUUGACAUCUGGACAAAAAACAAUCUGUCGGAUAGUGGAAUCUACACGGUUAAACCUAAAGGAGCCGAUGUUGCUUUUAAGGUGUUCUGUGAAAUGACAAAAGAAGGAGGUUGGACUCUUAUACAGAAACACAACGGAGAUGACGGAUUGUCAUUUAAUAAAAUGUGGGAUGACUAUGAGAAUGGAUUUGGACAGCUUGGAGGUGAACACUGGCUUGGACUCCGAUACAUUUAUGCCCUGACACAGCAGACGGACAGACCUUCCAAACUGCGCAUAAGCAUUGGAGACUUUAAUGGUCAGGAAGCCUUCGCGGAAUACAGUCCCUUUAGUGUUGGAAAUGCCCAACAGUUCUAUAGAUUGUCAGCAGGAAUAUACUCGGGUACAGCAGGAGACGCCUUUUUUGGAAAUUCUGAAAAUGAACUUUUCAACCAGCACACAAGCUUUUUCAGCACCGUUGAUAAACCCAAUGACAAUUGUAACCCGACUUGUCUUUUUGGUGGCCUGAUGUAUAUAAGCUGCAGUCACAUUUAUCAGGCUGGUUGGUGGUUUAACUCCUGUGGAGAAGCCAAUCUGAAUGGGCGUUGGCGACAACCACCAAGACAUAGGUAUCAAGCUUCAUCUGUUUCUUGGCCAACAUGGAGACCAAAUGAGUCCUUGAAGUUUAGCAAAAUGUAUCUGAUUCACAAUUAGAGGGUUUCUUCAACUUAAUACUUAAAGGGGUACUCCGAAACCCUUCUGAUCUAUACAAUAAAGUUAACA